AUGGGACGAGAAGAGGAAGCAGCCGCGCUGGGAAAGCGCCGCGCUUCCUGGAGCUGCGCCUCCGCCCGUGCGCUCCUGUUGCGCGCCGGACGCCGGUGAGUAAGGGGGCGCGCGGCCGGGAGGAGGAGGAGGAGGAGGAGAAAGAGACCUUCCUGGCCCAAGGGGCAGGUGGGGCGAGAGCGGCCCUAGAGAGAGAGAUCUCGGCCGGUCUGGGCAGAAAAAGAAGCAGGCAGGUCCCCAAACGAGGCUGCCCCUCUUUAGCCCAAACUUGGAAACGCGCAGCGCUCCUUGGAGACGUUUGGCAAGUUCCAUGGGAAACGGGAAGUUUUCUUUUGAUUGUUGACGUUUCUGUAGCAGAGCCAGCUGGGGGCGUUGGUUUACUUUUGGGGAUUCAGUUAUAGCCCACCUGUUGUUCCAAGCGGCGUCCGUGGUUCUCUCCUCAUUUGAUCCUCACAACAAACCUGUGAAGUAGACCGGGUGUCUGUGGCAGGUCCGAGGGUCACCCACUGAGCUCACGGCCAAGUUUGUGCAUUUGAACCCUGGGCUUCCAGGCCCCAGCAGUCGGGGACACUAAUCAGUAAAACCACCGUGGUUCUCAUGUUAUUCCUCUCCCUCUCUUUCUGACAACCAGCAGUGUGUAAGGCCAGUCACCCCAUCUGCAUGGAUUUCUAUGCCACAUGAUCCCCCUUAAGUCUCCCCAGCCCUGCUUUCUACUCAAACUGGCUUUCCGAUCUAAUUUAUCAUAGCCUAUAGAUCUCAGUGGAGGCUGGCCCUUUCAGAAGAAGGGGACAUUGCCCCACCAGCCUCAACUCGCCACCUCUGUCUUCCUGCUUACAACCAGUUCAGGGAGUCGCACAAGCUGUCAACCUACUCCUCCUCCAUCUCAACAUUGCCCUUACAGAGGAGGAGGAUAGGGAUAAAAUUAGAAUUACAUGGCUCUCUAGCGCCACCUACUGCUGGGCUGCCUUGCCUCCCCCACCCCAGGCCUAUGGGGCGCCAGUUGUCACUGGUCCCAUCUUUUCCACAAGCAACUAGCUUUAUGAGGAUGCAGCCGCCAAAAGUUUGUUUGUGUUGACAUGUGCGCUUUCAAUCCUAAAAACACUUGAUAUUUUUAGAGUUCUUGGAGAACUUUGGGAGUGUGGCUUUUGUUUUUAGAACAGAAAUAGUAUACCAACAGCACUACUUUUAUUUUAUUUUUUAAAUGCAACACACAACAGAACUUGAGUAUCAAAAGGUGAAAUAAUUUCUUUAUAUAUAAAGUUGCUGUAGCAUUUGUUCUGGAUGUUAAAUUCAUUGUUUACCUUUGUUAUUAAGUUGGUUGGGUUUGCCUGCAAGGAAAAAGCAGGGUAUAUACAGUGGUACCUCGGGUUAAGUACUUAAUUCAUUCCAGAGGUCUAGUCUUAACCUGAAACUGUUCUUAACCUGAAGCACCACUUUAGCUAAUGGGGCCUCCUGCUGCUGCCGCACCACUGGAGCACGAUUUCUGUUCUUAUCCUGAAGCAAAGUUUUUAACCCGAGGUACUAUUUCUGGGUUAGCGGAGUCUGUAACCUGAAGUGUCUGUAACCAGAGGUACCACUGUAUUUGUUUUUAAAAAACACAGCAGUGCAAAACUCUUGUUUUGAGAGCUAAGUUAGACACCAUAAGAGUAGAAAGAAGAACCUGCUGGAUCCGGCCAAUGGCCCACCUGGUCCAGUAUCCUGUUCUCACAGUGGCUAACCAGAUGCCCCUGUGGGAAAUGCUCAAGCAGGACUCGAACCCAAGACCCCUCUUCCCUCCUGUGGCUUCCAGCAACUGGUAUUCAGAAGCAUUGCUGUCUCUGACUGUGGAGACAGGGCAGAGCUAUCCUGACUAGCAACCACUGAGAGCCUUAUCCUCCAUGAAUCUGUCUGCUCCUCUUUUAAAGUCAUCCAUCUUGGCAGCCAUCACUGUCUCCUGAGGAAGUGAGUUCCAUAGUUUAUGCAGUACAUGAGGAAGUAAACCACCUGAGUUUAAAAACCAAAGUCUGGCACUUGAAGCCCAAUCCGACUCAGAUGUAAAUCCUCCCCACCCCCCGGCAGCUCUCUGAGGCUUAAAGGUAAAGGGACCCCUGACCAUUAGGUCCAGUUGUGACCGACUCUGGGGUUGCGGCGCUCAUCUCGUUUUAUUGGCCAGGGAGCCGGCGUCCAGCUUCCGGGUCAUGUGGCCAGCAUGACUAAGCCGCUUCUGGUGAACCAGAGCAGCGCACGGAAACGCCGUUUACCUUCCCACAGGAGCAGUACCUAUUUAUCUACUUGCACUUUGACGUGCUUUCGAACUGCUAGGUUGGCAGGAGCUGGGACUGAGCAACGGGAGCUCACCCCGUCGCGGGGAUUCGAACCGCCGACCUUCUGAUCGGCAAGUCCUAGGCUCUGUGGUUUAACCCACAGCGCCACCUGCAUCCCAAUAGGCUUACUCAUAGGUAAAUGUAGUCCUAAAUUAUGAAGUCCGCCCUCAGUCGUGUUAAAUUGAAUUUCAGCAUUCUGUAUGAAGAAAUAUUUUAGGUUCUGCAGGCAGCUUUCAUUCGGGAGGAAGCAAUGGCCGUCUUCUAUAAAGCUGUGCGAACAUAAGGGUUUAAGCACGGAAAGAGGUAAUUAAUUUAUGUUAAAUGAUAUUUAGGUCCCAGUCCUGAUAUCUUUCACUGAAGAAAGAAGGGCAGCUCAUUAAACACCCUUUAAUAUGCUAGCCAUCUGCUUGUAGUUGAUUAAUUCACAGAUUGAACAUGAAGAAUAUGUUAUCUUGAUGCAGGUGCCACUUUGAGGCUCUCUAAUAAAAUUAAGGGUUUUUGGAAUAAAAUUAAGCAGGUGAAUUAAUUUAUCCCCUCGAGAAGUGUUUCAGCAUUGUCUGAAUUGAGUGGCGUAUAUAAGAUGUUUUGAAAAAUCCGUGUAAGGGCUUUGGGGGGCUUAAUCCAAAGGAAAUUGUGUAUGCCUUAGGCUGCGCAUUCAAGAUGUACUUAACUGAAAAGUCAGCCCCAUGGGAACCAGCAGCAUUUGCUUCUGAGUAAACACGUUUUGAGGCUUGAUUCCAGUCUCCUUGGUUUCAGUGGCGCUUGGUUCUAAAGAUAUGUUUGUGUACCACAAUCCUUAUUGGGUUUACCCAAUAGAAAGGCACACUGAUUUCAGCUGCGUUGAGGAAGUCUGGUUUGAAGAUGGCACCAUGAUGCUUCAAAACAUGGCUUUAAAUGAGACUUGGAAGAGGGUGCACGUAAACUUUCUGUUGUUGUUUUUUUUUAAUAAUAUUUAUUACUUUCCAACAAUUUGGACAUUACAUAGAAAAAGAAAAUAAACAAUACAAUACAAUACAAAAACAAUACCUAACACUAAACUAACAAAAACAAUUUAAACUAAGAAAACAAAACAAAAACAAUUUAAAACACACCAAAUAAUUUCAAUCUUUCAUUCACUUAUUUCCAUGACCUCCUCACACCUCCCUUUUUGUAUUCCACUUCUAUUAGUUGUUUCAGCAAUUCCUUUCCAUCUUCCUCUGCUUUCUAUCCUAUAAUUAUCUUAACACAUUUUAACCUUGUUUUUCCCUUUAAUUCUCUAUUAAUCUAUUUAUACUUAAUUCCUUAUAACAUUUCUACUUAAGCCAUAUAACUUCAUUCCAACAUUUUUCUAACAUUCAUUAAUUUUACAAUAUUUCUGUAAAUAGUCUUUAAACUUUUUCCAAUCUUCUUCCACCGACUCUUCUCCCUGGUCUCGGAGUUCUGCCAGUUGUUUCCGCCAAUUCCAUAUAGUCCAUCAACUUCAUCUGCCACGUAAACUUUCUGAAGCCUAAGUUAUACUCUUGGAGCUGGCAUGGCCCACCGGGGCUGUGCUCUGUGUCUUUCAUCCAAACCCUCCAAAAAAGAAUGCUUUAAAAAACUUUUCUUAUAGGGAUCCCUGGCAUGCUGUGAAGUGCACUGCUAAUGAGAUCCCAGCUACCUUCUGCUCUGAAUUCGCUCAAAAAAAAAACCCUACAUUUGCCUCUGUUUGUAUAAAUUGACCUGUGCAAAUCUGUGAUAAGGGGCUGUGCCCCAGGUUUUUAAGAGCCCGGAAACACUGGCUUGCCUUCAAGUCCAGGGACAAGAGCUGAGCGAUUUCCUUAGCGUCAGCUGAAGGUACAAAGCUGCCUGCUGUCAAGACAGACCAUUGCUCUGUUGGGCUCAGUAUACUCUGCUCUGGCUGGCAGCAGCUCUCCUGGAUUUCGGGCAGACAGAAAUGUCUUCCCUGCUGCCUUGGACCUGAACCUUUCAGCUGGCAGUUCCAGGGACUAAGAGCAGAUCCACAGCAUGUAUUUAAAGCAUUUAAUAAUAAUAAUACAGUCAUACCUUAUGUUACGUCCGCUUCAUGUUACGUUCUUUCAGGUUACGUCCCGCGGUGACGCAGACGCACAAAAUGAUGUCAAGCGCAUGCGCAGAAGCAGUGAAUUGCAACCCGCGCGUGCAUACCCACUGCGGGUUGCGUUCUUUUCAUGUUGCGAACGGGCCUCCAGAACGGAUCCCGUUCACAACCAGAGGUACCACUGUAAUAUAAUAAUAAUAAUAAUAAUUUAUUUAUACCCCGCCCAUCUGGCUGGGUUUCCACAGCCACGCUGGGCAGCUUCCAACAAAAGAUUAAAAAUACAUUAAAACUUCCGUCAUUAAAAACUUCCCUAAACAGGGCUGCCUUCAGAUGUCGUCUAAACGUCAGAUGGUUGUUUAUUCCUUUGACAUCUGAUGGGAGGACGUUCCACAGAGCAGGCGCCACCACCGAGAAGGCCCUCUGCCUGGUUCCCUGUAACUUCACUUCUCGCAGUGAGGGAACCACCAGAAGGUCCUCGGCGCUGGACCUCAGUGUCCGGGCAGAACGAUGGGGGUGGAGACGCUCCUUCAGGUAUACUGGACUGAGGCCAUUUAGGGCUUUCAAGGUCAGCACCAGCACUUUGAAUUGUGCUCGGAAAUGUACUGGGAGCCAAUGUAGGUCUUUCAGGACCGGUGUUAUAUGGUCUCGGCGGCCGUUCUCAGUCAUUGUUGUUGUUGGGUUCUUCAACGUGGGAAGGUAGUCAUCUAGGAGAAGGACAACUCUGAUCCUAAACCUGUGCUGCCUUGCGGGACAUAAUGAGGAGAAGAAAAGACUAGGGAGUAAACUCUACGCAAAUCUGGAGCGGUAUCCCUAAGACUGUUGGAUGGCACCUUGUACUCCUCCUUCUGGCAACUCCUGCAGCCCAGCUGGUGCCAAAUGUCUUGCUCUGCUUUCCUUUGGACCACAUCAGUGAGGCUGAGAGGGGGUCUUGUCGUCUGGGCAGCCCAGGACCUCCAGACACACUGCCCAGGCUUGCGCCCCAGGGAGCUCACUUUAGUGUUGCAAACGCAGCAGUUUGACUUCACCCCCGAAGGCGCACUCCAUUGUCUUUCGAGACAGACAGAUGCCCACAACAUUACUAUUACUGCUUAUUAACCCGCCCUUCACCCUAAGGCCCCAGGGCGGUGUGCAAUUAAAACACAGCAUGAAUAUUGAAACACAAUAGUACACAAUGCUGAGAAACAGAUUAAACAACUUAAAAUUGCAAAAAUAAUGCAGGUCUUAAAAAAACAUACACCUCAAGUGUCAAAAUCCUAUGGCAUGCAAACCCAGGUCCGCUAUUAUUGCAACAACUCUGCUGGUUAUCUAGGCCAGGGUGGAUAACCUCUGACCCUCCAGGCGCUACAGAACUAUAAGUCCCACCAGCCCCAGCCUGCAUAGCCAGGGCUGGUGGGAGUUGUAGUUCAGCUGCACCCAGAGGGCUGCAGGCUCACCAGCACUGAUCUAGGCCCCCAUCUGGCAAGUGGGAGCAGUUUCUUCCCUGCAGAAAGUGUUGGCUGGGUGAUCUUGAAAGCCUGUGAUGAGAUGAUUCUGUGCCUCGCAAGCCAUCUUGUUCCUUGCAAGCGACUAUUUAAAAAUAAUAACUGGGUGCCUUGUUCUGCAUUAAUCAGAGGUUGAAGGGCCCGUGCAUCUGGCUCCGCCCGCUGUUCCUCUCAUGGCUGCAUAAGCUUUUCAACCCAAAUACUCUUGGUGCACUUCCGCUGGUCAGUGCUGGCUGUGGAAGUUCUUGCUGCUUGUACUGGGAGAAGGUGUGAGGUCCCUUUGCGUUUAUGGACUUGGACAAAAGCGCUCGGAAGCCCUGGUGGUGGGAGGGCAGGAGCCCUAGACUGGCAAGAAUCCUCUGGACCUGCACUGCUCAUAUCCUGUUCCUUUCUGAUAUACAGUGGUACAUCAGGUUAAGGACUUAAUUCGUUCCGGAGGUCCGUUCUUAACCUGAAACUGUUCUUAACCUGAAGCACCACUUUAGCUAAUGGGGCCUCCUGCUGCCGCUGCGCCACUGGAGCACAAUUUCUGUUCUUAUCCUGAAGCAAAGUUCUUAACCCGAGGUACUAUUUCUGGGUUAGCGGAGUCUGUAAUCUGAAGCGUAUGUAACCCGAGGUACCACUGUAGCUCAGAAAGGUUGAGAUUCAGUUGACAUUCCUGCACUGCAGGGAGUGAUAGCUCAGUGAUGGCACAUCAUUUCUCACUUGCUGGAUCAUCACCUUGUCACGGCUCUCCAAAAAUUUUACACAUAACUUGGGAAGACAGGUGAACUCAUGCCAGUGGAAGAAGCCAAGAUCACCCGUGUCAAAGCGAUGAUUCUUCAACAUCAACUUUGUUGGACUGCUCAUGUUGUGCGGAUGCCUGAUGAUCGUCUUCCAAAGCAACUACUCUAUUCCAAACUUAAAAAUGGAAAGCGUAAUGCUGGUGGUCAACAAAAGAGGUUUAAAGACUCUCUCAAGGCAAAUCUAAAAAAAAUGUAGUACAGUCAUACCUCGUGUUUGUUUGCUUCAGGUUGAGCAUUUUCAGGUUGCGUCCUGCAGCAACUUGGAAGUACCGGAAGGGUUACUUCCAGGUUUCUCCACUUGCGCGUGCGCAGACGCGCAAAAUGACGUCAUGCACAUGCUCAGAAGUGGCAAAUCGCGACCCGCGCACGUGCAGACACGGGUUGCGUUCUGCUCUGGUUGCGAACGGUGCUCCAGACCGGAUCCCGUUCGCAACCAGAGGUACCACUGUAUAAACACAGACAACUGGGAAACACUGGCCUGCGAGCACUCCAGUUGGAGAACAGCCUUUACCAAAGGUGUCAUGGACUUUGAAGACACUCGAACUCAGAACGCAAGGGAGAAAUGUGCUAAGAGGAAGACAUGCUUGGCAAAUCCUCACCAUGAUCAGCUCACGCCCGGAAACCUAUGUCCCCCUGUGGAAGGAUGUGUGGAUCCAGAAUUGGCCUCCACAGUUGCUUAUGGACUCAUUGUUAAGACUGUGUUUAUGGAAGACAAUCUUACUCGACUAGGAGUGAUCGCUGAAGAAGGAGAAGAAGGAGGAGGAGGAGAAGAAGAGCACAUCAUUUCCAUGGGACCAAAGAUGUAGUUCGUUGUGUCACUGAUGGUGUGUCCUAUGGAACACAACAGGCGCAACAGCAGAAAAUGCUUUUUGGUGGGUCACUGUCAUGCAGUGGUCUUUAUCACUGUGCUGCCACCAACAAGACUUAUCAGGUCAUUCCUGCAAUCUACCAGGUCUUUAGAAGGACAGGCAGGUGGCUUGCCAGUUAAUCAGGUGCAGAGUUCUUCAGGUCUUUACCAGUGUUUGAAAUUCACCAGGCCCAUUUUGCAGCUGGCUAUCGGCCGGUUGUGACUAAGUGAAGAUGCCCCAGGGGCACCUGAUGUCUCCACCAUCUGGAGUCGCAUGCCUGGAGAUUCUUGGAUCUUGAUUAUUUCCACACACUAGCAGCACAUCCUGUAGAAUUCUACCCAUCAUAUUUUAUCUGCACAAUCGGAGUGAAUUUCAGAAACCAGAAAGCCAGGUUGAAAAAUACACCUUUCGAGCACUCUGGCUGCAAAGUGGCAAGUGGGCAUUCCAUUUUGGUGACUGUAACCCUGGUUUUAGGAACCAUUUGACACUUAGCUUACAUAUCUGAGUUUCUAACGCCGGCCUUUACAUACAGUCGUGCCUUGGAUCCCAAACACCUUGCAAGUCGAACAUUUUGACUCCCGAAUGCCGCAAACCCGGAAGUGAGUGAGCCGGUUUGUGAACGUUCUUUGGGACCCAAACGUCUGAUGUGGCUUCUGCGGCUUCCGAUUGGCUGCUGGAGCUUCCUGCAGCCAAUCAGAAGCCACGCCUUGGUUUCCGAACAUUUUGGAAGUCGAACGGACUUCCGGAACGGAUUCCAUUUGACUUCUGAGGUACCACUGUACAGUGGUACAUCUGGAUGCGAACGGGAUCCGUUCUGGAGCCCCGUUCGCAUCCUGAAGAGAACACAACCCACAUCUGCACGUUUGCGCGUGCGCUGGUUGCGAUUCACUGCUUCUGCGCAUGCAUGUGAAGUCAUUUUGAGCAUCUGCGCAUGCGCAAGCGGCAAAACCUGGAAGUAACGCAUUCCAUUACAGUGGUACCUCUGGUUACGUACUUAAUUCGUUCCGGAGGUCUGUUCUUAACCUGAAACUGUUCUUAACCUGAAGCACCACUUUAGCUAAUGGGGCCUCAUGUUGCUGCCGUGCCACCAGAGCACGAUUUCUGUUCUCAUCCUAUUUCUGGGUUAGCGGAGUCUGUAACCUGAAGCGUAUGUAACCUGAAGCAUAUGUAACCCGAGGUACCACUGUACUUCCAGGUUACCACGGAGCGCAACUUGAAAACACUCAACCUGAAGCAACUUUAACCCGAGGUAUGACUGUAUCAGAAAGCCACCAAAUGCAGGGCUCUAUCUUGUCUUCUUUUAAAAUAGGACUAUUUAAAUAAAAAAAUAAUUUACGCUAGUACAGUCAUACCUCAUGUUACAUCUGCUUCAUGUUACGUUCUUUCAGGUCACGUCCCGUGGCGACCCGGAAGUACCGGAAAGGGUUACUUCCGGGUUUCGCCGCUCGUGCAUGCGCAGAAGUGCAAAAUGACAUCACGAGCAUGCGCAGAGGCGGUGAAUCGCAACCCACGCAUGUGCAGACGCGCCACUGCGUGUUGCGUUCUUUUCAUGUUGCGAAGGGGCCUCCGGAACGGAUCCUGUUCUCAACCGGAGGUACCACGGUAUACCUGGGAAGUCUCCCGUGUUGUGGCCUCAUGUUGAUAAGGCGGCUUGGCCAAGCAAAGUCAGAGGGAAUUAUUAACCAGGUUCCUGCUCAGGACUGGGAUCUAAAAUGUAUACGAAGCUUAGCACACUCUUACUGGAAAGCAAACAGAGGUUUAGGGUGUGGUUCCACAGCUUUGCUUAUUUACUAGAGUUCUAGGAAGCAGUGGGUGAAAGGCUUGCUUCUGAACUACGAUGUCGCUGGGUAAGAUUCACAGGAAUCCAGGCAAAACGCUCUCUUGUUUUUAACAGCAUGUUUUCUCCGGCUCAGCGUGUUUGCAACGAAACAGGUUUUUCGGAAGGCAGGUUUUUCAACUGGUGGCUCCCCUGUGAUGAAAGGUUGCAGCAUUUGGGAUUUUUUUUUAGUUUAGAGGGAAAAGCGUGUAAAUGGGUGGCAUGAUAGAAAAGCGUCUGAAAUUAUACAUGGCGGGUAGAAAGUGGACGGGGUUUUCUCCCUUCCAUAACACUAGAACUCACGGACAUGCAAUGAAGCUGGAGGUUGGCAGAUUCCUGACAAGACAGAAGUACUGUUUUUUGGGGAAAGGGAGCGGGCUGGUGUGGAGGACUCCCUGGUCCUGAAUGGGGUAACUGUGCCCCUGAAGGACCAGGUGCACAGCCUGGGAGUCAUUUUGGACUCACAGCUGUCCAUGGAGGCGCAGGUCAAUUCUGUGUCCAGGGCGGCUGUCUACCAACUCCAUCUGGUACGCAGGCUGAGACCCUACCUGCCUGCGGACUGUCUCGCCAGAGUGGUGCAUGCUCUAGUUAUCUCCCGCUUGGGCUACUGCAAUGCGCUCUACGUGGUGCUGCCUUUGAAGGUGACCCGGAAACUACAACUAAUCCAGAAUGCAGCAGCUAGACUGGUGACUGGGGGCGGCUGCCGAGACCACAUAACACUGGUCUUGAAAGACCUACAUUGGCUCCCAGUAUGUUUCCGAGCACAAUUCAAAGUGUUGGUGUUGACCUUUAAAGCCCUAAAUGGCCUCAGCCCAGUAUACCUGAAGGAGCGUCUCCAUCCCAUCGUUCUGCCUGGACGCUGAGGUCCAGCGCCGAGGGCCUUCUGGCGGUUCCCUCAUUGCGAGAAGUAAAGCUACAGGGAACCAGGCAGAGGGCCUUCUCGGUAGUGGCGCCCGCCCUGUGGAACGCCCUCCCAUCAGAUGUCAAGGAAAUAAACAACUACCUGACAUUCAGAAGACAUCUUAAGGCAGCCCUGUUCAGGGAAGUUUUUAAUGUGUGACAUUUUAGUGUAUUUUUGGUCUCUGUGGAAGCUGCCCAGAGUGGCUGGGGAAACCCAGCCAGAUGGGCGGGGUACAAAUAAUAAAUUAUUAUUAUUAUUAUUAUUAUUCAGGACAGAUAAAAGAAAGGACUUUUUCACACAGGGCCUUGUUAAACUGUGGAACUCACUUGUGCAGGAGGCAGCUGCAGCUGCCAACCUAGAUGGUUUAAAAAAUUAGGAGGAGAUGGAGAUCAAUGGCUGCUAGUCACAAUGGCUAUGUUCUAUAUAUCCACUGCAGUCUUGGGCCUGUUUACUCUGAAGUAAGCCCCAUUGUGUUCAGUGGGUGCCUACUCCUAGGAAAGUGUGCCAAGGAAUCAAGCCCAAGGCUUCCCAUCCACCUCCUUGGCAUGUUUCUGAGCAUCUGUUACUUCCCCUCAGCGGAGAAAUUUUGUUUCUCAGCUUCAGGGACUGUGAUGGUACAUAUUUAUACCAUCACAGGUCAGCGUGUUCCCAAAAGAUUGCACUUGUUGAUGUUCUGAAACCUGAUGCGAGAUGUUGCAAAAUGUAAGUCUCGAGAUGAAAUGAGCUCGAUAAAGGACAUCUGGCUCACAGCUCCUCUUCCAAGCUAGUUUUGGCCUCUGCAAAUGUGAGGAGGAUGUGGCAGUCCAGUCCGAGAUUCCUUGCAAUUGAGCCUUCGGCUUCAUUAAAAACUUGAGCAGAACCUCAGCAGCAAAUGACUUACAAAUGUCGCUGAUCAAAUGCUUAGAGGGCUGGAUCUGAAUGAGAUAAAGACCGUUGUGUGGCGGGGGGCAAUAGGCAUGGUUCAGUGGUAGAGAACAGGAUGGAUAAAAAUCAACAUAAUAAUUCUAAUCAUCAGAUUUUUAAAUUUAAAUCUGAUUUUAUUUAAAUCUGAUUUUUUAAAAUUUAAAUCUGAUUUUAUUUAUUUAAAUCUGAUUUUUUAAAAUUUAAAUCAGAUUUUUAAAAUAAAAUGCUGAGCUGGAUAGACAAAUGGUCUGGCACAGGGGUUGGUGUUAGGAUUUUUAUCCAUCUGUGCUCCUCCAGCAGUAGCACUAUGUUUUGUGUACAUCAUGUGAGUGUCUGAGUGAGCGUGAGACAGGAAGUCUGAGUACUGUUGGAAGUUAGUUUCACUUCUGAAAGUGUUGCUGUUGUGUACUGGUGCUCAAAGAGCACAGAUGUGCUGAUGGAUUCUCUAUAUACAGACUGUAAAAUAGUUUUAGAGCUACUGAAUCUUUCUUCUGCAAUGAUAUGCCAGAAGACAAGUGUGCUCCUGUCAGGAGAGAGGGGUCGCUUAUCACCGGUCUCUCUGGACUAAGGGAGAUUUAUAGCCAGGGAGGACCACCGGAGAGAAGCCCCAGAGUCUUCGGAAGUUGGCGGCCUUCCCGGGCGUGUUUCCAACAGGUUUACUUUGCCUGGGCCGGAUCAGUCCUGCGGAGCCCCCUAUGUGGGCCAGAUAAUGAGCGUGCCUGAGCGCAUGCACCCGCAAUUUCCAGCGUCUACGUGAGUCUGCACAUGUGCAGAUGUGAUUUCUGAUGCCACAGAAGAGAGUCCCCACACCGCACCAUGCUGGUUAGCAUGAGCGUGUGUCUUGGUUCUGGAGUGGCGCAUGGGCCGGUUAAACAGCCUCCGCAGGCCGCUUCUGGCCCAUGGACCGCAGGUUGCUGACGCCUGCUCUGACAGCUUCCUGUGUGUUCCUCAGUGGCAUGGAUGCGGUGGAAAGACCAUGCGAGUCUAGUAUCUCCUGGCUGCGGUUCAGAUUGGUGGAGAACAGGAUCAGCAGAAGGCAUUUUUCCUCUUCCGGAGAACUGGUCUAACCAGCAUCCCAUAUUGACACCAAGCAGGCGCCUUCACCGUCCUCUUUUCAGCGCCUGUUAAAAACAUUUCUGUUUCGACCAGCUUACCCAGAUGUUUAGAAAGCUGGUGCGAGUUUUUUUAUCUGUCUUUAGUCUAUUUUUGUUCUAACUUUUGCAAAAGUCUUACAUGGUUGUUAACUUUCCUCGUUGUCUCAUCUUUUUUUGUAAACCGCUGAGGGUUUUUUUGGACAACCAAGCAGUGUAUAAAUCUUACGACGUAAAGGUAUUCCUACUGUUCCUACAAUCCAGCCUCCUGCAUAUAUUUUGGACCACAACCCCCAUCUUCCCAUGACCAUUUUUAAUGCUGGCAGUGGCUGAUGGGAGUUGUAGUCCAAAACUUCCAGAAGGGUACCAUACUGCGUACCCAGGACUUACUGUAAGUUAGAUAGAUGAUGAAUAGAGCUCUGUCUGUUAUAUGAUAAUGCAGAUUGCUGUUCCUAUUAUAUGGGCGCAGAAUGUAUUUCUCACUGGGAGUACCAGCAAAUAGUGUGCAUUGAAUCGGUACUGUGGCUUUUUAAUUGCUAGACUCUAAGUGGGAAAUAGACCAAUCUUCAGAUCACUCAGUCAAAAUUCAGUGGGCUUACCUGUCAUGGACUGAUUGGAGGCAGAGGAAUGGUGGAAGGAACAGGCUGGGGAACCCCCAAGGAAAGGUGGCUCAUAAUAAUAAUUAAUAAUAAUAAUUUAUUACUUAUACCCCAUUCAUCUGGCCGGGCCUCCCCAGCCACUCUGGGCGGCUCCCAACAGAAUAUUAAAAACACGAUAAAACAUCAAAUAUUUUGGUAUUUAUCCCCCCUCUUAUACAAAAAUCUCCAAAUGGGUCCAAACUUCAAUGUCUAAAACUCCUGGUAGAGGACAAGGGCCCAGAGAUCACACUAAGGGUGGCCAAAUUCUGUGCGACUGCUAUAAAACUUAGGGAACAAGCUGUAUUACCAGAAUGAUUAAGGUUUUAAAUGACAGUUUUGGGUUAUAUUUUAGUGAUUAAGAUUUAACUUACGUAUUUUUAACUGCUGCUAUAUCUGUAUUGUCCCUGUUAUACCCAAUUGCAAUUCAUUGUAUCCCGAUCGUGCUUUAUGAUUUUCCUGAUAAAGUCAUACCUCGGGUUACAGAUGCUUCAGGUUGCGUUUUUUCAGGUUACGGACCACCGAAACCCGGAAGUACCGGAACAGGUUACCUCCGGGUUUCGGCUGUCGCGCAUGCGCAGAAGCGCUAAAUCACACUUUGUGCAUGCACAGAAGUGCCAAAUUGCAACCCAUGCGUGCUCAGAUGCGCAGCUGCAGGUUGAGAACACUGUGGGUUGUGAACAUGCAUCCCGCACGGAUCACGUUCGCAACCCGAGCGUCCAUUGUAUUGUAAGUGAGCCGGAACUGGUCUGUGACUGUAAUAAUAAAUGCAUUCAUCAAACAUAAAAAACUUCCUUAAACAGGGCUGCCUUCAGGUGUCUUCUAAAAGUCAGAUAGUUGUUUGUUUCCUUGACGUCUGAUGGGAGGGCGUUCCACAGGGCGGGCGCCACCACCGAGAAGGCCCUCUGCCUGGUUCCCUGUAACCUCACUUCUCGCAGGAAGGGAACUGCCAGAAGGCCCUCGGAGCUGGACCUCAGUGCCUGGGCUGAAUGAAGGGGGUGGAGAGGCUCCUUCAGUACUGCCUGCUCUGACUGGCAGUGACUCUCAAGGGUUCCAGGGAGGAACUCUCCCCAGCCCUGCCUGAAGAUGCCCAAGAUGGAAACCUGGGGCCCCUGACAUGGAAGCAGGUGCUUGAAUGCUGGGUUGUGGCCCUUCUCUUCCCAAGACUGGUUUGCAGAGCGGAUAAGGAAGAAGUUCGGCGUUUCCGAGCACAAUUCAAAGUGCUGGUGCUGACCUUUAAAGCCCUAAACGGCCUCAGUCCAGUCUAUCUGAAGAAGCGUCUCCACCCCCAUCGUUCUACCCGGACACUGAGGUCCAGCGCUGAGGGCCUUCUGGCAGUUCCCUUCCUGCGAGAACUCAAGUUACAGGGAACCAGGCAGAGGCCCUUCUUGGUGGUGGCCCCACCCUGUGAAACGCCCUCCCACCAGAUGUCAACAACAACUACCAGACUUUUAGAAGACAUCUGAAGGCAGCCCUCUUUAGGGAAGCUUUUAAUGUUUAAUAGACUAUUGUAUUUUAAUAUCUGUUGAAAGCAGCCCAGAGUGGCUGGGUAUAAAUAAUAAAUUAUUAUUACUAUUAUUAUUAUUGGAAACAAAGCAGGCAGGCGCUGGGCUCCUUGCUGCUUCCUUUCCCAUGACAUCAGCCUAGUGACUAUCUCUGCAGCCCAGUUAAUGUUUACUUGCUGGACUGUGCCCGGCGGUACCUGCUUGGCCCCAGGAGCCGUUUCCUCUGCCAGCUACGACUCCCGGGAGGGAACUGGUGGCUAGCUGAUCCUUUGCUCACGCCUGCCUCUUCUGCCUCUCUCCUCCUUUAGAUGCAGGUGUCCCUCGUGCUGAGCUCUGAGCCGCUGCCCUGUGGGACCACCCAGCCCCCCAGCAGUUGGGGCUGCUCGUCUGCAUCCCAAAUUCCUCUGCCCAGCGUUCUCCGCGCCUCCCCGUUCUUCGGAGAGCACGAAGAGGAGUAUUUUUAGACGCUGGUGUGUUCGUCGGCUGAAGAUAACUGAAGCUCUUCUCCUGCAAGGGCGUAAAACUGUGGGGUGAGUUGCACAUGUGUUGCAGGGGGGAGAAGGAGGGAGGCUCACCUGAGAAGGUAGCCGAAGCGUGCGUCUGAUGGGGGUGGAAGCGGUUGCUGGAAAAACCAGCAUGAUUUUUUUUCUAUUGCUCAACGGUGUGCCUAGGUGGGACCAGGGAAAUAUUAAGGCAUGCUGCUGAUCUCCAGAGGAGCUUGAAUGGGAGUUUUACCCUGUUACGGGUGCAAGGUUUGAUCAGUUUAAUUGGUGAAUUAAUGACUGAAAGCUCAUGUUGAUUGGUGUGGGCAACCUUUAAUGGAUGAAGCGGAAAGCUUAGGGCAUGUUUGUUCCCAGAGUGUGUUAACUGUCUUACGUACGUGUGUGUAUGUGUGAGAGAGAGAGAAGGAGGGGGAAGAAAGAAAAUAAGCGGUUUAUGAAGUUGGAGCUUCUUUCUGAAUCUAAGAAGCACCCGUUUUGAGUGGUCAGUGUUUGUUUAUUUCAUAAAAUUUAUAUACCGCUUGAUUGCAAUAAAACCUGACCUAAGCGGUUUACAGAAAGAACGAAACAAUAGAAUUAGGAUAAAAACAGAUAAGAACAACUAUUUAGAAAAAAUAAUUAGAAUCACCGAUAAACCCAAAAUGGAUUAAAACCCACAUCAAUUUUCCAUGUACAGUGGUAUCUCUGGUUGCGAAAGGGAUCCGUUCUGGAGGCCCGUUCGCAACAUAAAAAGAGCGCAACCUGCAGCGGCGCGUCUGCGCAUGCGCGGGUUGCGAUUCACUGCUUCUGCGCAUGCGCGUGACGUCAUUUUGCACUUCUGUGCAUGCGUGAGCGGCAAAACCCGGAAGUAACCCUUUCCGGUACUUCCAGGUCACCGCGGGACGUAACCUGAAAGAAUGUAACAUGAAGCGGAAGUAACAUGAGGUAUGACUGUAUCUGGUUUUAGCAGGCAUUGAAAUGGUGUCUGGCUGAUGUCGGUAGGCUGGGAGUCCCGAAGUGUGGGUGCUGCCACACUAAAAGAUCAAUUUCUUACAGUAAUAGAGCAAAUUUUGCUUAAAAAGCAGCCUUAACUCAGGGUGCUCCCGGGCCGCUGCCAUUUUCAUGCGUGUAUCAAUCACAUACCAGGAAAUUCAUCUUGGGCAACAAAAGCUGGAGCUCUCAUACAGCAAUCCUGCUCCUUAGUUGCAAUAAGGAAAGCGAUGGCAAAAUGCACUGGGAUAGCAUUUGUUCUGUGCAGUUUCAUCUGACCUCCCCAGAAUUAAAUCACAACAAAUGCUCAGGAAAUAGCUGGCAUUGUCUGAUCUCCUUGCAAAACCAUAGGGGUGAAUCAUCAAUGAUCAGGUCAUCUGGGAGGGAUUGAAUGGUUACAGGCCCACCUACAAUCUAUGAAUGAGUUGGCUGUCCAAAUUGGCUGUCCAAAUUGUUAUUGGUCCCGCAGACUUUAAUGGAUCAGUUCGAUUUAUUUAUUUUUUAAUCAGCUUAUCUGAUUAUCCCUCCAAACUCCCACGCGCGGUUAAUUACAUUUAUAGAAGAGUCACAAAGGUGAUGGACAUCUGGCGACAUCUUAAGAAGUGUGGAGGAAGGAGGACUUCUAGGAGUUUCUUGUGUGUAACAACAAAGCUAAGAGCUCCGUGGGUAGAGCAUGAGACUCUUAAUCUCAAAAGUCAUGGGUUCGAGUCCUGCCUUGGGCAAAAGAUUCGUGCAUUGCUGGGGGUUGGACUAGAGGAGAUUCAUGGUCCUUUCAAACUCUACAGUUUUAUGGGGGGAAAAACUAUGGGAAAAAGGGGGACUUUUCCACCCUGAUCUCCAGACCUUUCCAUCUUUUGGGCAGACUCCUUUAAGCAGCUUGCUACGUUCUUGCUUCUCACAAGGAGGCAGAACCAAGAGGCAUAAAUAGAGAGCAGGACCAGAAAAGAGGCGCCGCUCCUGAUAAGCAGGGACAGUUGGAGCAUCUGAGAAUGUCCACACCCUGCUCUGUUUCCAUGCUGCUAAACAGGCUUCUGUGCCGGCCCAAUGUACUCGCGUACAUUUUGCUGUGAGAUCUCCUGUGCUUAGCUUCUGCAGCAGGAUCUGUUGGUAAACGAUUCACUGGUAUCGCUCGUUCCUUCUACAACAUGGAUAAACAUCAAUGAUUAAAAAAAAUAUAUAAAAUAAAAUAAAAAAAAUUUUUAAAAUUUAAAUUGGAAUUUUUUUAUUUAAAUUGGAAUUUUUUUAUUUAACUUCGAUUUGUAAAAUAAAAUGCUUUUGGAAGAAAAAAUCUUUCUAAAGAUUUUCUACUUAAGUUAAAUUAUAGUCCAAAGGCUAUUCACCAAUUAUACCAGCAGGAAUGCCUUUCUGUUAAAAAAAAUAUGAUUUACGGUAAAUCAAGUCUUACUGACUAGGGAUUUAAAUCGUGAUUUAAAUCAAUUUGAUGUAAAUCAAAUUCACCCUGCUCUCCAGCACGUGCAGAAACUGCCUUCCUGACCGUUGGAUUCACUAUUGCGAGCAAAGCAGCAAUAAAAUUGCAUUGGGAGUGCGGAACUCCAAAUCUCAACGGUUCCUUUCAGCCUGGCCCAGGUUAGAGUGAUGGAGAGAUUUGGUCCAAAAACAUCUGGACGGCCACAGUUCCCCAUCCCAUAGUUAUUUGAAAACUGCUUUGUGGUUGAUUUGCUUCUUAUUCUUCAGAAGUAAAUACAAGAGUUUAUUGUGUCUUGAAUAUAUCUUUGCUGGAGGCCGGAUCUGGCCUGCAGGCUAAUCUCUAUUGCUUUGGGACAGCCUUCUCCAAACCUGGAUCCUUCCAGAUGUUUUGGACUACAAUUCCCAUCAGCCCUAGCCAGCGGGGCUCUUGGACACUUGUUGCGGUUAUUGGAAACGUUGGUGUGUUUCUUCUUUAAAGGAGGAAUCCCAGAAUAGAAGCCUUGAUAAAUGUAAGGAAUGACAUCUAAAGAUGGAACCAUGUCGUCCACCGCCUAAAAAUACACAUGUAUUAUUAGUUUGAUGCUGGGAACGGGACACCCUGAGAAAUCCUGGCUCUGUUGCUUCUGCUGGCAAAAAAAAUCAUUGUCUUUUGGGCUUAGCAAACUAUAACAGGAAAACCACCAAGAACGGGGAAAGGUGCAAAGCAUUAAUAUAAUAACAGUAUCUUAAAAAGCAGAGACAUCACCUUGCCAACAAAGGUCCGUAUAGUUAAAGCUGUGGUUUUCCCAGUAGUGGUGUGUGGAAGUGAGAGCUGGACCAUAAAGAAGGCUGAUCGCCGAAGAAUUGAUGCUUUUGAAUUAUGGUGCUGGAGGAGACUCUUGAGAGCCCCAUGUGCAAGAAGAUCCAACCUCUCCAUUCUUCAGGAAAUCAGCCCUGAGUGCUCACUGGAAGGACAGAUCCUGAAACUGAGACUCCAAUACUUUGGCCACCUCAUGAGAAGAGAAGACUCCCUGGAAAAGACCCUGAUGUUGGGAAAGAUGGAGGGCACAAGGAGAAGGGGACGACAGACGACGAGAUGGUUGGACAGUGUUGUCGAAGCUACAAACAUGAGUCUGACCAAACUGUGGGAGGCAGUGGAAGACAGGAGUGCCUGGCGUGCUCUGGUCCAUGGGGUCACGAAGAGUCAGACACAACUAAACGACUAAACAACAACAACAACAACCCCAUCCACCUGGCUGGGUUUCCCCAGCCACUCUGGACAAAUUCCAGCUGAAUAUUAAAAAAAAUACAGCAUCAGACAUUAAAAACUUCCCGAAACAGGGCCGCCUUCAGGGCUGCCAUCAGCCAAGAAAGCCCUGCUUUUAAAAGAAUUCUGCGACGGAUUUUGGUUGUCACCCUCAGGAGAAUUUCUGCAAUCCAGGGGGCUAGUGGAGAAAGUGAAGCCAGAGAAAAAACAAGAGUUGAAAAUCUUGCUUUAUCUAAAACCAAAGAAGCGAGAGUUACUUCAACCGGUAGUUAGAAGGAGAUGCAAUCAUGCCUACCGAACUGCUGAAUAUCCGAGUUUCCUGUUUAGAAAUAGAGGGUUUGGGAACAUAUGGCGCUGUAAUUUGCUGAGUCAGACCCAAUGGUCCAUCUAUUUGUUUAUUUUAUUAAUUAAAUUAGUAUACCGCCCUUUACCCAUAGAUCUCACAAUAUAACACAUGCAAUAUAAAAAGACAAAGAAUGCAAUACCGUUAAAUCUGUGGCAGCUCUUGAAUAGCUUCUGUUGUCUACCAGAUAGGUUUAGGAAGAUAUAACAUCUUGGUCAAGUAAUUAUCUCAAACAGAGACAAAUAGUGCACUAGAUAAAUAUACAUUUAAAAUUAGAGAGAAUUGGCAGGAAGUCAGUGGAACUAAGAAGAAGACUGUGAUAAAGUGUAACAGAUUAUUUGAUGUUUAUUUGUUAUGGGUGGUUUUGAUUUUGUUAUGGUUUUUUUUAAGUUCAAUAAAGCAAUUUAAAAACUAAAUAUAUAUAUAUAUAUAUAAAGACAAAGUACAUAAUAAAAACAAGAACACACACAAGCCAAUAACACACACACCCUCCCCCAGAAAAAACACAUUUAAAAGAGGUAUAAGAUGUUAAUCAGCCAAAGGUCUGGCACCAAAAGGUAUAUAAUGAAGGAACCAGAUGAACCUCCUAGGGGAGAGCAGUCUACCUGCGGAGAGCCACUGCAGAAUAGGCCUGUUCUCGCAUCGCCACCCUCUGGACCUCUGAUGGAGGAGACACAUGAAAAAGGGCCUCAGGAUGAUCACAGGGUCCAGGUAGGUUCAUACGAGGAGAGGCGAUCCUUGAGAUACUGAUACUGAUCCUUGAGAUACUGAGCUGUUUAAAGCUUUAUAGGACAAAACCAACACUUUGAAUUGGGCCCAGAAACUACCAUAUUUUCCCAUCUAUAAAACACCCCCAUGUAUAAAGCACCCCCUGUUUUGGGGGGACUCAGAUUUAAGAAAAUGGCCUCGGCACUAUCCGUGUAUAAGAGGCCCCCUAAUUUUUGACAUAAUUUUAGGGGGGAAACCUAGUCUUAUACACGGGAAAAUACGGUAAUUGCCAGCCAGUGCAGUUGGGCCAGGAUCAGGGUAAUAUGCUGAAAAGGGACGCGGGUGGCACUGUGGUCUAAACCACUGAGCCUCUUGGGCUUGCCGCUCGGGAGGUUGGCGGUUUGAAUCCCCGUGACGGGGUGAGCUCCUGUUGCUCUGUCCCAGCUCCUGCCAACCUAGCAGUUUGAAAGCACGCCAGCGCAAGUAGAUAAAUAGGUACUGCU